GGAGGUGGUUGGAGCUGUUGAAGGAAGGAACAUCUGUCUGCAGGAAGAAGCUGAGACCAAGAGAAGAUCAGCUGAUGGGAGCACCACGGUAUCCAAAUAGGGGCAGAAUUGGGUGGGGGAUGUUAUUCGUAUGAAACUGCCUUGUACUUAAGAAUGGGUAGACUAGUCGGUUUCUCAUCCAUGUCACUUUCACAUGUGUUUCAUAUGUGUUUAUUCAUAAGUCCAUUCCAUCCCAUUUCUAUGCUGAGGUGUGAAUUUUGACAAGAAAGAAAAUUCGGUAUGAAAAAUUGUAUUCAAAUAUGAGUUUUAAACACAAACUAAGUGUUUAGAUAUAUAUCUUAUUUCGGCACACAUGUUUCUGAAUGUAUUUAUCACAAAGUACACAAGUGUGUGUGUUGUUGUUGUUGUUUAAAAAAUGCAUUUGUAUUUAAUUUGAGCCAAGGACCAUAUCACAAAAUUUGGAAAUGCGAAAAACCCAAAUGAUAAUUACAUUUCGAGCUGCUUAUUUGUUCAGAAGGUGCAAAUUAGGUCGGUCUGCUUAAGAAGGCAGACAGAACAAAAUUCUCUGUCCCUCUUUUCACUGAGUCAGAGAAUUCCCUGCCUUGCCCAGUGCUGCAUCAUCUGACAUGGUCACCCACACUUCAAAAUCUCAGGCAUUGCUUUGCUGCUGCUGGAGAUCCCAGAGGCUUUCUGGGUGCAAAUGCUGUGUUAACUAUGCUCCACAAAACUCCAGCCAGCCUAUCAUACAAAGCAGGAGGAGCAUAAUAAUGAACGCUAUGAGUGCUCCUUAAGUACUCCAUUCGUCUUAAUGUAGCCUUCAUCAACCAGGUCUGUUGCAGGUCGUUUUGGAUUACAAUUCCCAUCAGCCCCAGCCAAGGAGGAUGCCAGGUUUGUGAAGGAUGUCUUUUAGUUACAGUUUAAGCAGUCUACAAACAUAUUUAUGUAUGCUACAACAGCAGCAAGAGUCUUGUUAGCACAAGGAUGGAAGAAUGAGGAAGUCCCGACGAAAAAACAAUGGCAAGAAAAACUGAUGAGCUAUGCAAAGUUGGCAAAGUUGAAAUAUAAACUGUGUGAGAAGGACAAUCGUGAUUUCAAGGAAGAAUAGGAACUAUUUACAAACUAUUUAAAAAGACCACAAAAGGAUUUGGACUCCUUGGCAGGUUUUGAAUAAACACCCACAAAUUCAUUAGUAGAACAUAUGACAGAUAAGGCAAUGAUAUGUACAAUUUUAUAGCAUGCAGAGAAUAAUAUGUAUAAACAAAUCAGAGAGAGGAGCCGAGGGAAGUCUUUGGAGGGUGGGAGUGGGAGGGAAGGGGGAAAUGGGAAAAUGUAAUUGGAUAUAUUGAUUUAUAAAUUGAUUUGCUAAAAGUGAUGAUAAUAAUAAUAAAAAUAUUUAAAAAAACAAAGUCCAUUAUAUAUUUCUGUAGAGAACAAUCCAGGUGGAGAAGCCAGUGAAAAUGAAUAGACAAAAUGAAGAAUGGCAGUAGUCUCCCAUCAGGAGGUAAGUUGUUUCUAAUUUUAUUUUCAGUUCACAGGAAUACAAACCAUAUUUUUAUAUUUGGAGCAAGGCCCAGGAGCCUCCAUUCUGUCUGCUUUCCUUGCUUGCUUCUCUUUAACUGGAGAGAGGAUGUGAGAGACACAGCUACUCCCAGUUUGGGCUUCUUUCUCCAUUUAAGAAUUAGGGAUGGGGAGAAACUCAGCCCAGUUCACAUUUAAAGGUGUACUUAUCUGAUUCUCACUGUCCAGAACAACAUGCAAACUGAAACAGAGCCAUACUCUGAAACUCACACUUCUCCAAAUUUUGCAAGUGUUUGUCCAGCCAAGCAAUGUUUAUUUAAAAACACACACACAUGUAUUAGCAGUAGGUGUGCAUAAAAAUGCAUGCAUUGAUAAAAAUAACAUACAAAAAAACUUUAGCGUAAGGAAAUUCCUUUGCAAAUUUGUAGAUUAGGCAAAUUGCAAUAAAAUAUGUGCAUAUUAAGAGAAAUUCGCACUAAAACACUGGCGAAUUUUCAUUAGAAUGUGUUUUUUUUAAAAAAAAUAAUCACAAUCUAGUCUGGAAAUGUGGAGAACUGAAUUAAGAAUUGGAAAAAAUGAGAAAUUGACAUUUUUGCCCAUCCCCAAUGAGCAAAAAAUCUUACCUGGUCUUCUGCAAGCCCUCUGCUUCCCUUUUCUUUUUCAUCCCUGCCCCCUGUCACACACUGCUUACUAUGGCUUACUACAGGGGUCAGCAGACUUUUUCAGCAGGGGGCACCACGGUCCACUGUCCCUCAGACCUUGUGGGGGGCAGGACUAUAUUUGGGGGGGUGAACAGCCCACCUCCAAGCCUCCUUGCACGUACCGUUCCCGGCACACACUGUUUUUGCCAAAACUUUAUGAUGUUUUCCACAUUCCAUUAGUGCUUAUGCAACACAGUUCGUGAUCAUUUCAAAGGCAUUGCAUCCAUUUUGUGAUGUUCUUCAGCCAUCUUUUCGGCCCAUGCAAACUAUACCAUUUGCUACACCUGCUGGUGCUGUAGUGGCGGCAAUGGUGGCAAGGUGUAUUGAAGGAUCUCGACCAUAACCUGUUGAAGGAGCUCAGCCAUAACCUGUUGAAUAUUGCAGAGCAUACGCAGACUGUCCAGAAGCAGUCGGUUGCUAGCUGGCAGGAUGAAGCAGGAACAAGACGCUGCUAUUAGUAACUUGGUUACUUAUAGGUUUAUUAUUUACAGCAGACUCACAAGUUACUAUAUACAGGAUACUGUUGGAAAACUGGCCCCCUCGGGAGAGGCUGGCCCCUCUCCCAGGCUCCUGGGGCCUGUUUACCGAUGAUCUUCCCUGGCUGGCAUCCCGGCAGUCCAGGGAGAUCUUGAUAGGCGACACCUCCCUGAUGAAAGGUGCACACCCCCUUCCCUCUUGCAUAUCAGCAGGAGAAAGAAGAUAGUCAGAAAGUCUGCUACAUCUCUACAGUUUAUUUCUGACUGUACAACUGUACAAAAACAUGUCCGUUCACUCAGACUUCUCCAAGCAACUGACUCAGACUUCCUUCACACAAGCAACAGGAAGGUCUCAUGUUACACAAAGAACAGAUCUCUGAGAAAUCCCUGGAGCUUCCUGUCCCAUGGUUAGCUCCAUCAUGUGAUGUAAACAUCCAGCUGCUUGUUCGCAGCUGCGUAGUAGUCAUAUCCCAACAGAUACAGACAUGGAUCAUAACUCUUUCUGAACAAACUCCAACUAACCCUCAGAACAACAUUGACCAACCAGCCACUAACCAACAGGAAGGUCAUGUGUCAUCAUGCCUAUGUGAGUGGCCUCGUCCAAUAGCAGAGUUGUAUCCAAGGUCCCAUAUCUCUAGGCAGAAUAACUCCCUCUGCUCAGUCUUCUUGGUCUUCGGCCAACUCCUUAAUUGCUUUUGUGGGAAGCUGCAUCAGAUAGCACAUAGGCAAAAAUCCCAACAGGGUCUCCUUGGAAGACAGAGGGAAGAUUUGUGACAAGCCCAUAGUUAUCAAGUUAUCAAGCUUUCAGUCCAGUGUAGGUUUAUUGAGCAGCAGCUUUCAAAGCUUUUGUGGUUUAGGUGCUGCUGGCUAAAGCCAGAAUAUAUGAACAAGCUUAUCCACUGGGAUGAUGCCAGGAUGCUUUCUAUGGGUGGUCCAAGGACAAUUUUUGUUCCUUUUUUUCCUUCCAGAGACACUGCCUAAUGAGGAGGAAUCUUACUAUGGUGAAUGGGCUGUUGGGUUCCUGUGUGUCCUCAUGCUUUCUAUCUCAACUGUGCUGCUUGUUCUGUGUAAGUUCCUACUCUUAUAGCAAAGAAUAUGAAGAACCCUUUCAAAAAGAGGGGAGGCACAACCCUACCUCCAUUAAGUCCUUGUACUCCCCAUUGAUUUGAUUCAAUCUAUGUGGAAACCCCCCACCAGCUAAGCUCUGCACAAAGAGGUAGCUGACUGCCACAUUCCACUUGCGCUCCAGUGCACUGUCUCUUUUCGUAUGUCAACGCCUGUUCCAGGACUGAGCAAUGGCAUUAGAAAUUGAGUCCUUGUGACCAUUGCAGAGGGAGGCAGGUGUGUGCUAUGCUCAGAAUGACCAUCUCACUAGGUUGUGUCUAAACAGUACUCCUUUUCUACCUUCCUUGGUAUUAGAUUAUUUGGAAUCACAAGAAGUAGCAGUAAAGAUCAAUGCUAUGCAGAGGAUUCGGGAAUUCAUGGUCAGUCGAAAUCAGUCCUUUGAACACAUGAACGGUAAGUAAUGAGUUGCAGUGUUGAUGCUCAAGUCCUUUCCCUCUCUCCCACGCUGGGUCAUCAUCCCACACCUGAAGCAGGGCUUAUAGUCAUGUAAAGAGGGGUUUUUUAUUGCCCACCUGUCUUCCAAUGCCUCUCCUCUGAGAAUACCCUUCUAUUCCAUUCACAAUAUUCAGCAGUUGUGUAACCCCAUAUGGAACGCAAGAUUCCCCCUUCAGUUUUGGAGGGCAGUUAGGAGCAGGCCAUUUUCCUCACUUGCUCCAGAGGCAGGACUAUCAAAUGACUUUGGGCUCAGUACCUUUAAAUGCCAGUCUAUAGUUAGAGGCCAAUUCGUUCCAUUUCCUCUGCAAAACCCUCCCACUAACCUAUAUAUACAAACAAACAAACAACAGAAAUGUAAAUGGCAGCCAAACUCUGCAUUGCCAGCCAAAGACGGCAAGGGUUAACACCAGACUUUCCAAGGUCCUACAACUCCACCCAUACCAAGACAUAAUGUAACUUGUGAAGCUCUGUCUGUUGUUUGAAUUGGACAGCUCCCCAGGGUGGGUGUACAGUCAUAACUCGGGUUACAGACACUUCAGGUUGCGUGUUUUUGGGUUGCGCACUGCGCUAAACCUGGAAGUACUGGAAUGGGUUACUUCCGGGUUUUGGCGCUCGCACAUACACAGAAGCGCUAAAUCGUGCUUUGUACACGCACAGAAGUGCCGAAUUGCAACACCCGUGCAUGCACAGAUGUGGCGCUGCGGGUUGCGAACGUGCCUCCUGCAUGGAUCACGUUCACAACCCGCGCAUCCACUGUACAGUGUCCUGCUUUGCCAUUUUUUUAAAGAUGCUGUUCCUAUAUUACUCCAAGCCGGGAAGACUGGGUUUCCCAUGGAUGUUAAUUCUCUUCAGUAGAUGAAUCACCCAAGAAUUGUCUCCUUGCCACAGUACAAGAGGUUAGGGUUAGGGUUGACUUCAGGAGCCAAUUAUUAGGAUAGAUUAAGGUCGGGGGGUGACCUUCUGUCUAAUCUUCUUCAGGCAGGGGUUAUUUAUAUGCCCACUUAUUUGUGUUUAUGGGAACAGAAGGUAAUGGUUUCUUGAACUGCAAGAAAUAUUCCAUAAUGCCUUUUUUCAUUCAGCUGCAUUGUGUCCUGAAACCAGGGGAGAGUUCUCCUACUGGCUUGGACCAAGCCCAAAGUCAUUUGCAUAGCCCUGCUUCUGAGGCAAGUGGGAGGAGCAAGCCAUUCCUGGGUAACUUCCAUCUAUUGAAGAGAAAGGAAGUUCGCAGUAAGUCCAACAUACCUUUUUGCCAAAGAAUCUGAUAAAGUUUAGUCCUGAGGAAUUGCAGCAGAAGUUCACUAGCUGAUUCCCCUUUCUUUGGUCCAUUUUGUUUGAACUCAUCAAAACAUCUCACACAGAGUAUUGCAAUGUGCCCUAUGUGAGGCUGCCCUUGGAAGAAACAGGUCCAAAAUGUAGUGGCCAGGUUACUGGGUAGGGAUCCUCUUAGAUCUUAUAUAGCCCAUUUUUAAUUAUUGCUGGCUUUUAAAAAGGGGGCAUGGAGGGAAGUGUGUGUUUGUAUAAGGAAGGGCUAGAAUUUCUACUGGAGAUAAUGGACGCAGGUAUAGCAAGAGAAGAUCAGAAAAUAUUCCUCUAUGCCACAGGAGCGGCAAGGAUCCUAAUUGCUAAAAACUGGAAAAAAUAAAUUGUGCCAACAAAAAUGGAAUGGCAAGACAAACUGUUAGAGUAUAUUGAACUGGCUAGAUUAACAGAGGCAAUUAGAGAUUACACUAGACAAGAGUUUCAAAAAGCAUGGGGGAAAUGUAGAGAAAACUUCACAAAAUAGUGCCCUAAAAUUCAUACCUGGACUUGUUUUGAUUAAUGUCUGCAGGAGACUUUGUGGAUAUUUAAGUUAUAAUUAGAAAAAUCUUAAUAAUUAUUCAUAAAGGAAACAGAAGUAAAUAAGGAGGCCAGGUACAGGAUAAAGGAAGUUUUUUAUUUGGUUGUUUGUAUUGUUGUAUAUUAUGCUUGUUGUUUGUUAUGUUCGUGUCUGAUGGGGAUGGAUUUCUGUGUUGGGGGGGUUGUGUUAUGUUGUAAAUAAAAUUUCUGAUAAAAAAAUAUUUUUUAAAAAUAGAAUUGCUAAUAAGAAGAUUAAAAUUUGGAUUUGAUAAUAAUAAACAGUUUAAACUUCAAUUCAGUGAUGCAUUUAUUUAUACUUUUUCUCUCUUACUUGGGAGGAAAUCCCAUUGCAUCUGGAAGAUCUAUAGCAGGGGUUGUCAACCUGGUCCCUCCUGCCCACUAGUGGGCGUUUCAGGAUUCUAGGUGGGUGGUAGGGGGUUCUAUGGCACAAGCUGAAUCCUCCUUCCAUCGAGGACUGGUGGGCGGUAAGGAAAUUUUACCAUCAAGAAAGAUGCAUUAGUGGGUGGUAGGUAUAAAAAGGUUGACUACUCCUGAGCUAUAGCUGUAGUCACUGCAAGGUGGUCUCUAGGGUUUGGGGGCAGAGUUGGAGGGAUGGGAGCUUCACCAAAUAGAGUUGUGGGUGGGGGACCAGGGAUAGAUGUAACUAAUGUGUAUGUGCCCAGAAUGUGUGUGUGCACAGAAUCAUUGCACCCUUUGCAGGAUCAUGUCCAUAAGAGCCAUUCCCCCCACACUAUCUUGGGGGUUGAGACAAAGGGACACUCAUAUAAUGGCAUAGACUAACCAGGAUCCCUCCCUCUUGGUGAUCCCUGCUGCAGAGAAUCAGGACUGCUCCCAUCAGCAGUUUGAUGUAUCACAGUAUUUUAAUAUUCUUUUGGAAGCCGCCCAGAGUGGCUGGGGAAACCCAGCCAGAUGGGCGGGGUAUAAAUAAUAAAUUAUUAUUAUUAUUAUUAUUAUUAUUAUUAUUAACCCUGGGAUCUGCUUCUUGUCUUAUGCCAGAGCGCAACAGAAUGUAACGCAAUUACCGUAAUUUUCUGAUCCUAAGGUGAUAUUAUUUCUGUAGAAAUAAUUGGCUAAAACUGUGUGUCUUCUUAUACAUGGAAAGCUGAGGGGUGAUGGGCGAUUUGGCGUGUAUUUGGUUGCUGCGGCAAGGCCUGCUGAUGAUUGGCUGUGUCUGCGGCAAUUGGGCAUUUGAUUUGUGGCGUGCGUGCCAUUUGCUGUGGUUUCGUUGAGUGUGCAGGUGGGCAUCCCGCCCCCCAAAAAACUUAACAUCUCUGGGCAGUUUCCCCCUCCAAAAUUUUAUUUUUUGUCCCCAAAAAUAUGGGUCGUCUUAUACAUGGGGGCGUGUUAUACACGGAAAAAUACAGUACUUUACACGUGUGUGUGUGUGUGUGUUUGAGAUCUCCCUGACUUGAUCCACUACAACUCUUUAGAUUCGGCAAUACUCAAUGAAGCUCAGAAGUUACUGCAGGAAGUGGUCAAGAUAGAUUCUAAAAUUUUUGAAUUACAGCUAUCAAUUGGUAAGUUACUCUAUGCGACUGUGAUGCAAACAAAUCAGAGCACAAGGAGAACCUUGCCCAGCUGAAUUUGUACCUCCUGAAAGUCCCACAGCCUCUGAACAUGGUGGUGGUCCCUUUUUGCAUCUGGCCACUCUUGAGCCUCAACCAUGUGCCUUCCCACAUAGUCCAAAGCACGUGGAGCAAAAUUCCCAUCAGCCUCAGCCAGCACAGGAGCUUACCAGGCUGGGGAAAGGUGCCCUAUUAAAUAAAUAAUUAAAUUUUAUUUAUAUCCCACCCUCCCUAGCCAAAGCCGGGCUCAGAGCAGCUAACAUCAUACAAGUAAGACAAUGCAUAAAAACAAGCAAUCAAUAAAUUGAGAUACAUCCCACGAUUAAUUCAAACAAACUGGACAAGUGGCAAUCUUCAGUUUAAAAUUGAAGGUGGUUACCAACUGUUUCCGCUAAUAUUAUGAGUACCUGUGAGCGGGCUGGGAACCUCCUUCGUGCUUGUUCUUAUACAAGGAGAAAAUGAGUCAGACUGAACCCUGGCCAAAGGCCUGGCGGAACAGCUCCGUCUUGCAGGCCCUGCGAAAAGAUGUCAAAUCUCACAGGGCCCUAGUCUCUUGUGACAGAGCGUUCCACCAGGCCAGGGCCACGGCCAAAAAGGCCCUGGCUCUGAUCAAGGCCAGUCUGAUCUCUCUGGGGCCCAGAAUCUUUAGGAUGUUGUUAUUUGCAGACCGUAAGGUCCUCCACGGGGCAUACCAGGAGAGGCGGACCCGUAGGUACGAGGGUCCUAGGCUGUAUAGGGCUUUAAAGGUUAAAACCAGCACCUUAAACUUGAUCCGGUACUCCACCGGGAGCCAGUGCAGCUGGUAUAGCACUGGGUGAAUGUGAUCCCGUGGCGAGGGCCCCGUAAGGAGUCUCGCCAUGGCAUUCUGCACCCACUGGAGUUUCUGGGUCAUUUUCAAUGGCAGCCCCACGUAGAAUGAGUUACAACAAUAAAGCCUGGAGGUGACCGUCGCAUGGAUCACAGUGGCAGGGUCGGGGCGAGAGAGGUAAGGGACCAACUGCUUAGCUUGGCGGAGAUGAAAAAAUGCCACCUUUGUAAUAGCUGUAACCUGCGCCUCCCUAGAAAGGGUGGCGUCAAAGACUACAUCCAAACUCCUGAGGGAAGGCGCCAGCACUAAUUGCGCCCCCACAAGGGAUGGGAUUUGGCCCCCCAACCCCAUAUCAUCUCGACUCAGCCAAAGGACCUCUGUCUUUGAAGGAUUUAACUUCAACCGGCUCCCAUGUAAACAUCCAGCCAUAGCUUCCAAACUAAAAAGUUGCGCCGGACAAGAGCUAGUGGAUGCAAUGGAGGCUGAGAAGUAAGACUUCUUUGCAGCCUUCAUUGCCAUCUCAUAGGUUUUCAUAAACGCCCUAUAAGAUGUUCUUGUGGCUCCGUCGCAGGCACCCUGCCAUACUCGCUCUAGCCGUCUGAGGUCCCGCUUCAUUUUCCAGAGCUCCUCGGUAAACCGGGGAGCCCAGUUUCUGCGGGGUCGCAGAGGAUGCCUAGGUGCGAUCUCAUCGAUGGCUGCCAAGCUCGGUCAAUGAGUCGCCAGGGGGAGCAGGGUCCUGCAAGCCCUGACAGAAUCCAUCAGGGUCCAUCAGCCUCCACGGGUAAGCCCAAAUAGGCUCGCCACCUAAGGAGGGUGGGGGCAGGAAGUCAAUCCCGGCCUUCGGUGCACAGUGAUCAGACCAUGGCACCUCCAUCAAGGGGAACAUGAUCACAUCUACACCUGCACCAAAGAUCAAAUCCAGCGUGAGGCCUGCUUGAUGUAUGGGGCCCGAAACAAACUGGGAGAGCCCUAGAACCUCAAGCUGGUUGUGAGAUUCAAAGAUGAUAAUGUUGCUCCUCUUCCUCACCAGCUCUAGCAACUGAUUUGCAUUGCCAGGAUAGGAGCCAACUUCCGGGGGCUAAGGUCCCUUUGCCCCUCCCAACUGUGUCUGUUACAGUGUUUCCUAAUUAGAUGUAAACAAUAAAUCUAUAAUGUUUUGCCCACGUUUGAUUCCCUGUUUUGAGACAUCGCAAAUGUUCUUGGGAAUGUACUGGAAUGUUGCAGGGUUGGAUUACGUCAAAACUCUGUCUUGUAUCAUAUUGGCACUUAAUGAAAUACAUGUACUUCUGAGAUGCAUAUUAAAAUCUGCAGAGAUCUAAAAGCUGGUUCCUAAUGUCCACCCUUCUUGUUCUCGGUGGGUUCCUUGUAUGAUCCGGCCACGUUGGCUCAAAGACGCCUUCAUUGAAAGGAUAUCCACUGGGUGGAAGCAACAUGAUGGCCACCUCUAUUACCUCGACGCUUAUGAAACGGCAUUUUUUUAUGCCCGAAGGGCAUGCAAAAACAGAAAUGCUACUUUGACUCCCAUCACAACUGCUAGCGAGGAGGUAAGCCUAACAAUGGGAUGCUAGAAGCAAAUGCAUUCACAUCACAAUGAUUUUACAACCUGACCCUUGAGUGAAGUGGGGGCCCCAAAGCACCCUUCUAUGUCGCUGAGGAGGACCAUAGAGGGGGGACCAACUGGAUGGUACUAUUUGACAGAAACCAAUAAUAAUAAUAAUAAUAAUAAUAAUAAUAAUAAUUUAUUAUUUAUACCCCGCCCAUCUGGCUGGGCUUCCCCAGCCACUCUGGGUGGCUUCCAAAAGAAUAUUAAAAUACUGUGAUACAUCAAACAUUAAAAGCUUCCCUAAACAGGGCUGCCUUCAGAUGUCUUCUAAAAGUCUGGUAGUUGUUGUUCUCUUUGACAUCUGGUGGGAGGGCGUUCCACAGGGAGGGCGCCACUACCGAGAAGGCCCUCUGCCUGGUUCCCUGUAACUUGGCUUCGCAGUGAGGGAACCGCCAGAAGGCCCUCGGUGCUGGACCUCAGUGUCCGGGUAGAACGAUGGGGGUGGAGACACUCCUUCAGGUAUACUGGACCGAGGCCAUUUAGUAGCUCCUCUGCUGGGUUAUAUUCGCACUUAUGUUUUGUGCUUCUGAGUGCUUUUAUGAUGCCUUAGCAUGGUGGUGCUUUACUUGGAAGCCACCUUGUUUUGUUAUGUUUUGUUUUGUUUUGAUCUUUCAUAUUUGAUUUUACAGAUAUAAAUUUAUAACAAAACCAAAUACAUAUCCAUAUAGAGAUUUCUCUGAAUCUCGAGACUUCCCCCAUCCCCUCCAUGGGUCCUAUUGUCAACAGUUUCAACUGCAUAUUAUUUCCUAGUCUAUAUUUUAUAUCUAUCCAUAUUGUCCAUAGUAUUUGUUACACUACAAGCAAGAUUAAAAUCCUGCUAAUGUUUUCAUCUGCUUGCAGAUUUAUUCUCCUAAAUAAAUUCUAAAUUUUUCCCAUUCUUUCUUGAAGUUUUUCUCUUCUUAGUUCCUGAGCUUUCCGGUCAGUUUUGCCAUUUCAGCGUAGUCUUGGUUUGCUAUUCUUCUCUGAUAGAGACUCUUUCUUCUUUCCAUCUCUGGGCCAGUAGCAUCCGUGCUGCUGUUGUCGCAUACAUGAAGAGUCUUUUCUGUUCCUUUGGGAUGUUGGUACCUACAAUUCCUAAUAAGAAGGCUUCUGGGUUGUUGUUUUUUUCCAAAAGUUAUUUUAAACUUUUUUUCCAAUUCAUUGUAUAUCAUUUCCCAGAAAGCCUUUAUUGCCUUACUUCAGGCAUGUCCAACAGGUAGAUCAUGAUCACUGGAUGUCUGCAGUAGAUCACUGGUAGAUCAUUGGCUCCCCCCCAAAGAAGUUGAACGACUGUGGCUCCCCUAUAAAAAGCUCAACCUCCUCCGUGAAAAACCCAACAACUUAGACCUGAACCCCAAAAAGGGGGGUAGAUUACUGCCAGUACUUAACUCUGUGAGUAGAUUGCAGUCUCUUGGGAGUUGGCCAGCCCUGCCUUACUUGAAAACCACCUUGCAUGUGAAGAUGCACCACUCAAGCCACACAGCCCCUUCCCUGCAACCUGAAGUGGUACAAUCUGGGAAAUGCUCCCUGUCACACGUCAACAUGGAUGGUUGGUUUCUCAGAAAGAUGCUGAAGUAGAAUAACCAAUGUGGUCUUCUGUCCCAGCAAAUCCACUCCACUUCCCUGUGGGGAGGAGUUGCGGUGGACCGCACAGCCACCCACUCUCCUCCGGGGGCGGGGGAUGAAGUCCCACAUUGCCCGGGGGAUCCUGGUCACGUCAUCGACCAGCUGGCCAAUCCGGCAGCUGGUGGGGGUGUGGCCAGGAACAUUUAAAAUCAGGCACGAGCCAGAGGGCUUCCUCUUGGCUCGCUUCUUCAAACUCCCUCCCUCCCUAUUUUACAGGUUUUUCUUCAAUGGCCUUGCUAUGGUCCUAGGUUGGUCACCGUUGAAUGGCUGUGUUUUGGUUGAUGUGUUGUAUCAGAAACUGCGAAUCAGAGUGAUUUGCCUUUAAAUGUGAACUCAGUUGAAUUUUCCCCUUACCCCUUAUUCCAGGUGAAGACACUCUAUUUCUGUCUUGCAGACCUUUGUGGAAUCACUGUCCAAGGCAUCCAAACAAAGUGUAUGGAUUGGACUCUUAAAAGAUGGCAAAAGCUGGAAGUGGAUUGAUGGUAAGACGCCAUUCAGAACCAGGUGGGUCCAUGAGAAAGCUUCUCUGCAGCCUUUUAUGGUAUAGACUUUCUCAAAAAUAAUGUUACUAAGAGCUCUUCCAGGUUGUCACUAUUUUCGGGUGGCAUUCAAUUGACAAAUUCAGGUUGUACAAUUCAACCUGUUUCUCCUCGAAAUGGACUUCUGGGAUAAGGAAAGUGUUUGAUAACGCUUGCUUGUGGUAACAUAGAAUCAUAGAAUUGUAGAGUUGGAAGGGACCCUGAGGGUCAUCUAGUCCAACCCCCUAACAUCCCUGACAGAUGGCCACCCAGCCUCUGCUUAACACUUCCAAGGAAGUUGACAAUCUCCCAAGGGAGACCGUUCCACUGUUGAACCGCUCUUACUUCCAGAAAGCUCUUCCUGACAUUGAGCUGCAAUCUCUUGUAAUUUGAAUCCAUUGGUUCAAAUUCAAAUUCUCAAACCAUCUACUUAAUGUGAGAAGUCUGCUUCUACUUUAGUGCUAAAAGUCUGCACACUGCACAGAGCUUUUUUUUUCCAUAGCAGAAGUAGAGCUCCAUUCUGGAUUGAUUUGUAUUGCCUCUUCUUUUCAGCUUUUGGGAGUCAGGUCAGCCAAACCCGUGGAGUCCCUUAAGGGAAGAUUGUGUUGAAAUUCCAAUGAAUUGUGCAACCCCAGGAAACUGCUGGAACAGUGUUAGCUGCGAUGAGAGAAAAGCUGCAGUUUGCAGGGUGAGUCCAGAUGAAAGGUGGAUGACGUAAGUCUUAAGUGCUGGUCUCCCUGAUCUACAGGCAAAAGGAAAAAAAUGGACAGGGUGCCAUUUCACUGCAAAAGUCAGCUUACCACCUUAUGAAAACGGUGCGUGAAAAAACUCCACUCCUAGUUAAUCCUGCUUCCUCAAGGCCGGAAAAAUAGAACUUAUUUUGAAUCCCACAAAGAUGGACACCAAAAAAUAAUGCAUGAAUAAUGCAUGAAUAUCCCACUCUCCAUGGCAACAAAUCAGUGCAGAGUGAGUAUUCAUGAACAUUCCCCUUCCCUGGAUUUUGACUCUUCCUUCAGAGCUGGCGAAUCCAUGCAUUAAAAGUCGUGAAAAAGC